AUGGCAACAACUACGCCAUUCCCGCCGACGGAUGCUACUUCUGUGGGCUUCGUACCACUCACAGUCCCUUUCCAAAACCUUACAUUCUAUACCAAGGCUGAGAAGACAAAUGAAUUAUUGUACAAUCUUUCCAGCCCAGCGACUCUCUCUCCAAAUUCAGCGACUGGUAUUGUUGCUGGAGGUGCUGCAGCAGCCAGCAUAGUGAACCUCUUGUGGAAUUCUGUAGCUUCUGAUCUCGAAUGGUGGACUCAAAAACUGGAGGAUCCGAGUCCCAUAACGAUUUCCCAUCAGCACGUCGCGAUCUCUGCAGUUGUUUCAUCAACCACUGUUCCGUCUACGAACUCUGCUACUCUGUCCGGAGCCACCCUCGCGAGCAGCAUAACCGAUGCUUCUGUAUCAAAUGCUCUGCCAUCGUCGACAACAAAUUCGAAACAGACAAGUACCCCACAGCCCACUGGAAAUGGAAUAUCUGGAGGCGCUGUUGCGGGAGUUGCCAUUGGCUGCCUUGUCGCUGGCGUCCUAAUUGCUGGUCUUAUUGCAUGGUUUUGUUGGGGUAGACGCAGGGCGAGUCGCCUUCGGCAUCACGAAACAAGCGCCAUAGCACUCAUGCCUCCCGAGAAAGGGCCCAUGGUACAUACGAGGCCAUUGGGGGGUGAAAGCCCGCUUGAUCUGAGUACUGGUACUGGGCUUCCUCAACCACUGGAGGAUCAGGCUAUAUCUGGAGAAAUCUCGAAGAUCGGCAACCUGAUCAAGAACCACGUUCAAAGCUAUUAUCACAGCAAACCUGUGAACCCAGGACUCAUAGACCUCGACGACAUCGUCGCUCUAGGACGAAACCUGCCCAUCUCCACCGGAACUCUAAGCACCUUGCUUGACAACUCAGCGACUAGGGAAGUGGCUUUGAGGUUCUGCAUUGCUUUUGCCAUCAUCACAAGGCUACAGAGUUAUGGAAACCCUGCAGAAAGCCUACUGCCACCCGAGUUCUGCGCCCCAAUGCGCGAGAUUUCGGACGCAAAAUACGGAUCUAAAGCUCACACCGUGAAAGCAGCACGCUGGCGAGCCACGACUGCAGAGUUGAUGCAUUCCACAUACGUCCAAGAUGCAUUCACAUCCUCAGAUCCUCGAAAUGCAGCCAUUCGUUCGCUGACACAUGUUCUGGAAAACACACUUCAGCCGUUUGCCGAUCUGCGCAUGAACAAUGAGGAACGCAAGCGCAACUUGGAGGAGAUCCUCAAACGGUCUGCAAUUUUUGCUUUUACACUUUUCUCUCAGCCGAGCUCGUGGGACUUUGAUUGGAAGGAGGAGCAGGGCGUCAAGUCUGGCGAACUCUGCAUCUUUCCCGCUCUCGUGCAGGUGACAAACGAGGUCGGGGAGCCUAUCAGACCACCCAGAUCCUUCAGCGAGGCUGUGGUCAGAAGGCUGGAAGGCUAG